AUGUUGCCAACGUUGGUGGAAGGGCAAACCCUGCUGCACAACGGCCGCUACCGCUUCCUACGCCGUAUUGGAAGUGGCACCUUUGCAGUAAUCAUUCGUGCUCUGGACGUGCAGCAGCAGUGUCACGUGGCCAUAAAAUGCAUGCGCCAGCAAGAAUUUAACGCGCUAGGUGAGCAUGAGGCUUCAACGCUGCGACGGAUCAACGAAGUCGACUUCCACGCAUCUUGUGCGGUGGUGCGUCUAAUAGAAACCUUUAAAGAGCAGGGUCUUUUUUGUCUUGUGCUGGAGCUACUUGGACCUCCAGUACUGAAUGUGGAAUGCUGGGGACCAUGGCGUCAAGCGCCCGAGGCAGUCCGAGCUCCCGAUUGGACGAUCAAGCUAUUUAAACGAGAUCGGAAACUCGUAUCUGAUGCCAUGACCAUCCAGUCCCCUGAUACACAGUAUAAGGAAAAAAUGUGUAGUGUUUUCUCAACUGCCCAGCCGCUAACUUUAACGGAGAUUCGUCAGAUGGCGGUGCAUCUUUGUGGCGCGCUAGCAUUUCUCCAUGAUCAAGGACUCAUUCACGCAGAUGUGAAGCCAGAGAAUGUUGUGCGCACAAGUGCAAAAGCUCAUAUGUUAUCAUCAUCUCUACUGUUGCCAUGCUCUUCGCCAGUGAAGUUCAUAGACUUUGGAAAUUGCCUGGAUUCGAGUGAGUUGGCAGCGCAUACUGCAGAGUGUAAGAGUGGAGGCUUUGAUGUUCAGACUGUCACGUAUCGAGCUCCAGAAGUGGCUGCAGGGCUAUUGCUUUGCCCUGCUAUGGACAUGUGGUCACUUGGUUGCUUGCUUAUCGAGUGUGUUUCUGGUAAACCGUUAUUUAUGUUAUCAGCUCUGGAAACUUCAGCGCACAAACGCAUGGAUGUUACAAAACACGAGAAUGACCACCUUUUAAAUCAGAUCGAAUGUAUCGUGAUGCACGGAAUUCCAUUGGAAACGGCGUGUGCUCCCUACCAAUCUGCUGAACGAUAUAAAAAAAAAACUAAAAUUGCCGUCAACAAUUCCGUCUCCACAUUACUGCAAGCUCGUUUAGAAGCAGCAGCACCAGAGGCUAAUCAGUUUCAAGACUUCAUCUUUAGUUUACUGGACGUGAACCCGUGCACGAGAAUUACCGCAAAAAGGGCGCUCUGUCACCCCUUCUUGCAAGCCUUUUUUCCGUUCAAAACGGUGUUCGGUCAGAUGAAUGACGGACAAGAUGAUAGAAGUGGUGCAGCUAUUCUCUACACAACAACUGCAUGCACGAAUUGCAAGGAGAAGCGAUCCAGAUCGCAUGAAACAGAGGUACAAGGAAAAUCCGUUCCAGUUCGAAAGAAAAAGUCAGCAAUGAGAGCAGUUUUGGCUCGUAAUAAAGAUCUACGUCAAGUGUUAAAACAAAUUCCGCGUGACGUGCCCAGCCAUUUUUCAUUAUCACCUCGCUGA